GGGUCCCGACUCCAGCCGCACCUCCUCCGGCUCUGCAGUGGCGGCGGGGAGGAGAGCCGGAGACUCAGCGGGGCCGGGGCCAUUACCGAGCCGGGGUUGGGGCAGCAGCGGGGACCCCCCCGGAGGCGGGGCCUGUGGGACCAGGAUGGGCGUGGAGAUCGAGACCAUCUCCCCAGGAGACGGAAGGACGUUCCCCAAGAAGGGCCAGACGUGUGUGGUGCACUACACAGGAAUGCUCCAAAAUGGGAAGAAAUUUGAUUCAUCCAGAGACAGAAACAAACCUUUCAAGUUCAGAAUUGGCAAACAGGAAGUCAUCAAGGGUUUUGAAGAGGGCGCAGCCCAGCUGGGUCCUCUUUCUCCUCUCCCCAUCUGCCCCCAUCCCUGCUAGAUGAGCUUGGGGCAGAGGGCGAAGCUGACCUGCACCCCUGAUGUGGCAUAUGGAGCCACGGGCCACCCUGGUGUCAUCCCUCCCAAUGCCACCCUCAUCUUUGACGUGGAGCUGCUCAACUUAGAGUGAAGGCAGGAAGGAACUUGAGGUGGCUGGAGAUGGCUGCUGCUCACCCUCCUAGCCUCCUCUGCCACUGGGACGGCUCCUCCAUUUGGGGCUCUUGAUCAGUGUGCUGACCUCACUGCCCCAUGGCAUUAUCCAUGCUCUCUGCCCACGUUGCUGUCUAUGUGUUUGUCAUUGUUCACGCGCAUCUUUGCUUGAGGAAACUUCAGCUGCGGGUUGAAACAGGUUGUGCAUUUCGUGUGAUGCAUGUAGUAGCCAUUCUUGAUCAGAGAACACCAAUUUCUUGUUUGCACAAUCUACACUGCCUUACCUUCACUUAACCAAGAUACACAAGGUGCUCAGACAUGAAAUGUACACGGUGUACACAGAGGGACUUGAGCCAGUUACCUUUGUUGUCACUUGUAAGUUCUGUUUGCUGCUAACUUAAACAAAUGUCCUAUCUGGAAAUAGUAUGUCAAAUAAAGGCUAUGUGCUUGACAAA